AGGAGUACUUGCAGAGGUGUCGCAUGAAGAUCUGGCGCCCCCUGCACCAUUUCAGCACAUUUACGAGUUUCCCAACCCCAUAACUGACCUGGAAUAGAUUCUAAAAACACGGCUGAUUUGGUUUCGAUAACAACUACGUCGUAAGUUAUAGCGCAAGCCGCUAGAAACAUCAACCAUUCGCGUUAAAGCCACUAUGGACGCCGGAGACACAGCCCCUGAUUCAUGGGAACAGGAGGACGAUGUUGAGGCCACGGCUGAUACCGAACUUCAGUCCGCCUUCACCGGGCUCAACGUCAAUGCUCCAGAAUUCGUUCCAUCCUUUCUUUCACUGGGUCCACCGGAAAAUGCCACGUCCGAUGGCACUGAUGCAGUGGCCAGCAUGGAAAUCUCAGAACCAGUGGCUGCAGUGGAGAACGGAGAGACAGAUGCCAGCACAGUGGAGACGUGGGAGCAAAAGGACGAGCCGGAUGAGGAGGAGCCAGGGGGUGGAACCCCAGCAGAGACGGGAUGCUGUGGGGACGAGGCACAUGAUGAAAUGAUGGAGGAGGACGAGGAGAUGCCCAUCCCCAAACUGCCUCCUCCCCCACCGGACGCCCCUAAAAAAGAACAUGUUAAUGUUGUGUUCAUUGGACAUGUGGAUGCAGGCAAGUCAACAAUUGGUGGACAGAUCAUGUAUCUAACUGGUAUGGUGGACAAACGAACGCUGGAGAAAUACGAACGAGAGGCAAAAGAGAAGAACCGAGAGACAUGGUAUCUUUCCUGGGCUUUAGACACAAACCAAGAGGAAAGAGACAAAGGGAAAACAGUAGAAGUUGGAAGAGCCUACUUUGAAACAGAGAAAAAGCACUUUACUAUUCUUGACGCUCCAGGCCAUAAAAGCUUUGUACCCAACAUGAUCGGAGGGGCAUCCCAAGCUGACUUGGCAGUGCUGGUCAUCUCUGCCAGAAAGGGCGAGUUUGAGACCGGUUUUGAAAAGGGAGGUCAGACAAGGGAGCAUGCCAUGCUGGCCAAAACAGCUGGAGUCAAACACCUGAUAGUCCUCAUCAACAAAAUGGACGAUCCCACUGUGAACUGGAGUUUGGAUAGAUAUGAGGAAUGUAAAGAGAAGUUAGUGCCAUUUCUGAAGAAGGUGGGCUUUAAUCCAAAGAAAGAUAUUCACUUCAUGCCCUGCUCUGGAAUGACGGGAGCCAACUUAAAAGAACCUUCCGAGUUGUGCCCCUGGUAUACGGGAUUACCAUUCAUUCCACAUCUAGACAGCUUGGCAAACUACAACAGAUCAAGUGAUGGUCCUAUCAGAUUGCCAAUUGUAGACAAAUACAAGGACAUGGGCACAGUAGUGCUUGGGAAGCUGGAGUCUGGAAGUAUCGGCAAAGCACAACAACUUAUUAUGAUGCCAAAUAGGCAUACGGUGGAGGUGUUGAGUCUGCUCUCUGAUGAUGUGGAGACAGAUUAUGCCGGGCCUGGUGAAAACCUGAAGCUCCGGCUCAAAGGCAUCGAGGAGGAAGAGAUUCUCCCAGGCUUUAUCCUAUGCAAUGCUGAGAACAUCUGCCACUCAGGGCGCACUUUUGAUGCCCAGAUUGUCAUUAUUGAACACAAAUCCAUUAUAUGCCCAGGUUACAAUGCAGUACUACACAUCCACACCUGCAUAGAAGAAGUGCAGAUAACAGCCUUAAUCUGUCUGGUGGACAAGAAGACGGGAGAAAAGAGCAAGACUCGCCCACGCUUUGUAAAACAAGACCAAGUAUGCAUCGCCCGUCUUAGGGCUGCAGGAACUAUCUGCUUAGAGACUUUUAAAGACUUCCCUCAGAUGGGGCGGUUCACCCUGAGAGAUGAGGGUAAGACAAUCGCAAUUGGCAAGGUGCUGAAGUUGGUACCCGAGAAGGACUAAAUGUUGAUAAAAGGACUAUCUUGGAGCACUCUGGGACUGAGGAGGAUGCAAUGGUGUGCCUGCCAGAUGUCCUCCAAACUGUUCCAUCUUCCCACUGUGGAUCAGUCUAAAAAAUUACUUUGGAUAAAGGACAUUAUCAAAGUGACAGUGUCAAUUUUAGAAAGAAGAUUAAUAUAGAAAGACAAGCUCAGUGUGACAGCUUUCUCAUAUUGAGAGCUCCACUAUGCCACUCAUGUAGCCCCAUUUUUUUUUUUUUUUGCCAGUUUCUGGUACACAUUUAAUCUAAAAAUGGAUGCAAUUUUCUUUUAAGGCAUUAGCUUUUUAAAUUGUUUGUUGGAAAUACAGAUGUCAGAAAGGGUCUUGGUGUCAUCCCAUUAAAAGGUUAAUGCCUACCUGUGUGCCCCCCCACCCCCAAAAAAAAGAAUGCUGGGUCUCUGAUUGCACAUCACAUUGUUACAGGAUUAUCGGGCAGUUAGAGACUUUUGACUGUUCAUUGCGGCAUGAAAUAAGGUCCAUACAGGGUCUACGCUUGCCAAUAACCUUGCUCUUUUACCUGGCAAGAGUGGUUAUUGUCAAGUUCAUAUUGAGGGCAGGCCAUACCAGGGAUGCCUGGGCACUUCAAAUAAAAUGACACUUAUGUCAGAGAUGUAUUU